UUGACCACAUGCGCCGUAAAUAACCAGUGUCUGCUAACACUUCUCUGAUAGAACUGCACAACAAAUCAAGGUAAAACCAGUAUUGUAAAUCGAAAAAACCCCGACCACUCUGUCCAAACAGGACUACUUAAUCAAUUUCUAAUUAGGAAUUCUUCGCAUACGUUGGGCAAUUAGAUAGAACCGAAGCACUUAGCUGCAUAUUCCGGCUUAGCAACCGCCCUAAAAUAGCGAUAGCAACAACAGUAUUAUUAUUAUCCGCAGGAGAAAGUCUGAGUUGUUAUUUUCAUCUUUAGCUAACACAACUCUGUCUUAUAAACCAAAGCAAACGCUAAAGGGAAAGCAAUUCAACAGCUGAACCAUAAUUAGUCUCAGGUUCAUUGGGUUUAACCUUCGGCAGCAAAGCUGAGACGCGCCUCCUUAGCAAUGCGAAACGUUUUAGGUGUAAUUCUUUCACUAAAAGAUAGCGCUAGUUAUAAAAAGCGCAGCCAGCAUGCUUUACUCGUGCCUUCUGUCCUUCGAAACAAGAAUUCAACAGUCUUCGAGAUCCAAUAGCGAACUGAAAUGUUCAUCCACUUGCAGCCUGUUCGUGUUCCACCAACGAAAAAAGAAACAUCUUCGUUCGUGUUCGUACUUACCUUGUUUACGUCAACAUGAUAGAAUUCCCAUUUAGAUUUUUUGCCACGUCGCUUGAUUACCAAGCCAUAGACGAGGCGAAUGUACAACUAAAUUCAUAAGCGUAUCUUCCUCUUUGUUCUUUCUCCGCGACAAAAUUGGGAGCAAGUGUGAUAUAUCCCCAAAAAUAUGGCUCUGCUUUGAUUCUUAGCGCCGACAUUUUGACAAAGAGAUUAUAAAUUCGAUGAAACAGCAAGGAUUUCUGAAGGAAUGCCUGAAACGGUAUGAAAGGAUUUGGAAUAUUUCCGUCAAACAUGGCUCGCAUUUGUUUCAAGCUAUUUAAGACAGUUUGACAACAAAGAGAGAUAUAGGAAUUGCUGAACGAGUUCUUUAUGAGCGUAUAACACUUUGUUCAGAGUCAGCUACUCAACUAAACAUCCCUGAUUAAUUAACAACAACUUGAAGUUACAAAAUGUGCUUAUUUCUAGGUGUGGCUAUUGGGUAUGGCUUGACUGACGUGAAAGAUAAUAAUUUUUAUUUUUUAAAAAAUUGAGGUCACGCUCUUUGUAUUCAGUCUUGGAUUACAUCGAUCUUAGUGUCAUGUUGCGGGAUUUCUGCCUUGGUUAGCAUCUAUUAGCGUGUUGCUAUACAGUUCAGGAAGCAAGUUCAAUAUUUUGGAUCACUUCCCUAAUAUGGAAUGGGGGAACACAAGAGAUUUCCUGAUCUAGCAGUGGUUAUGGACCAAUUCAGUACUUUCAUACGAUUCUACCGAGCAUAUUUAUGCUAAUUCUCCCUCUGUUCUACUUCAUAUCUCUGGAUAUAAAGCCGGAUAACUGCUGGAGUUAUCACAAUUAUUUUUAAACAUGAGGGUAUUUAUAGCAAAUUACAUCCGCAGCUCGUAUGUUGCAACAAAGUUUACACAUGUCGUCAACCUUUCGCGUCAUUACGAUCUAGAUAAACCGUUGGUAGGCCUUAACGUCUUAAAGAUGAUUUCUUAUUCGCAGAGGCAGACACCUUUUCAUAUAAGGCUCUAUUCAGCAGAGGUUAAUUGAUCCGUCGUCAAAUGUUAUUGCGUACGUGCUCUGAACAUUGGAGCCGUGAUUGCUGACUGUGAGUGCAUUUACAAGUAAUCGCUUUAUCCGUUAUAUCAUGUUUUCUGUCGCGCCAAACAAACAGAUUUUCUGUACCACUCUAAUUAAUGUGCAGUAUGUUAGAAAUUCCUAAUACAUAGAUAUCACAGUUAAUCUGAAAAAAUUGCCUACAGUUCCUCUGCUCAAUUCAAGUGAUGGCGGGCAGCCAACCUCUCUCGCUAUCUUUUUAGUCCAAUUAGGUUUCAGUAUUUGAUGGUCUGUGUACAAUUUAAAAGCGACUGAGCUCCUUUCCGUCUCGACACUCCCAAACAAUCCUCCUACUGCCAUUUAAAAAAAAUGUUCCGUUUUAGCCUUCUUUCCUCACAUAUGCUGUUUCCAGCUUUGCCUGAGAAUCCUCUGAACUCUUUCAUCCGCUUAAAUAUUUUAAUCGUGGAGUUGGGCAUAUUCUGGAGCUAAUAUAAAAACCAUACAUAAAUCUUAUUUCACAAUUGUCUGAAAAAAGAAACUCUGUUCUCCAAUGCAGCUUGAACAGUUUAAGCAUUUCGGCAAAUUUAUGCUUUCCUCAAUCCUUGACCUAAAUGCGACCUUCUUCCAAAUAAGAAUUCUUCCAGAUAAUCUUAUCAUAUAAUCACAUUCUAGCCCGGUUAAAACCAAGCAUAAAUUUUAAAACCAUAAUAGGCGUUUCAGGAUCUUAAAUUCCGGGCAUCAGAAUUUUUAAUGAAAAUUAGUUACAUAAGCCACCUAAGAUAGAAAGCAUCUACCGGCAGUUGCUGUCCAAAUUCACAAGUGGGUGAGCACGGCCCAAAAGUUUUCGCAAAACUGUUUAUGAACUGCAAAGGGAGAAAGAUACGGGGCAUAAAGGUCGUGUGCUGUAAUCUCGAAGGAUUAUUCACCGGUGACGUACAGGGAGGAAAAGACAACGCUUGGAGCGAAGAAGAUUUGUUUGACAACGCGCUGAAAAUGGGAGAUCGCGGCAAUAAGAUUCUACUUCUUACGUCGCUGGUGUUCUUAUUACACUUUGUAAUGAAAAUAGAGAUGGUACAUGGAAAUAGCGUCAUUUUAAAUGCCAUGAAAGCUGCUGAGGCCGAAGAGGACAAGCAUCGCUCUGACUGCGCUUCAAAGCGACGUGUUAAACGCCAUGAUCACGCACGGUUUCCACAAUCUCCGCCAACGGGGUCGCAAUUUGGAAAUGCUCUGAGUUUACUUGAUGACGCAGUAGUGCGAUUUACAGGAAGCGUCAAAAUACCAUCGCAUCAGUUCACAGUAGACUUUUGGAUGAGACCCGAAGGUGGCCAGGUAUCGCCGGUGACAGUCCUCGGUCUGUUUGAUGACUGUUCGCCGGACAAAAAAGACGGUGGUUGGGCGAUAGGCCUGGAAGAGGCAAGUACUGAGCGAAGCCUAAGAGUUUUUUUUAGACUACGAACGCAAAGAUCAGAUAACGACACGAAACUGCUUUCUCCGCGCAGCGUGGAACCAAACGUAUGGCUUCAUGUUGCAGCAACAUUUAAUGGAAAGAAAAUGAAAUUGUACGUAAAUCAAGCCAAAGUUGGAGUGUCUUCGGAACAGAGCGGACACAUUUUCGCCGACGGCUUCGACUCUUACCCCUGUGAGCACUUAGAGGCGGGGGGCGAUCACUCAACCGGAAUGUUUUAUCGCGGUUUGAUCGAUGAGGUUCGACUGUGGUCAGUUGCGAAAUCACACAAGGAAAUCAUCAAGAAUGUUUUUGCCCCGAUUAGAGAUAAAGAACCAUAUCUUGAUGAUCUUAAUCUUGCAAUGUACGAAAGUUUCGCCGAAAAGGAAAAACUCAAUCGCAAUCCAAAGACCAGAUGGGUGACUGUUCUUGGAAAACCGAACAUUUUGCAGUCAACUAUCCCAGGCGAUGCCAACGAUUUUUCGAUCGUUAAACCCCCGUGUGGUGUAACAGUAUGUGACAAUCGUGAGAUUAUCCGCAGUUAUGUGAAAAAUAAGCACCUGCGAGGAAAAAAGGUUGUGCGAUAUCGAGUUGUUAAUAUAAUGGAAGAUGACGGCACCAAUCCUAUGGUGACCAAGAAACAGUUGAAAGCGCAGCACGCUCAUCUAAACCGAGCUUUCAAGCGGUACAACAUCACAUUUCAACUUAGCGAAUGGAACAUCCGAAACACCUCCUUACGACGGCGCACGGUGACAUACCAGUGUGAACGCGAAAAGAUUGGCGAUUCGCGCUGCAAUAAACAGCAUUGCAAUUACGAAAUUACGGGAAAUGACGGCGGCGACUGUGAUGAUCCAAAAAUCAGAUGUGACGCCAAAAAGCGCGGGAAUGGCAUUUGCGACUUAGAAUGCAACAAAUUCUACAACGCAUGGGAUGAUGGUGAUUGUUGUAACGAGAGUGUAACAGACAUUUAUAAAACUUGCUUCGAUCCUAGUUCUCCAAACAGAGCGUACAUGAGCGAGAGAGAGUACAAGACUAUGGUCAAUCUAGACAAUCAAGAUUACUUGAACGUUUACCUGGCUCAGUGGAGUAAUGACGACUUACAAGGCCUGGCCACUUUUCCUUGGGACAAAUCCGUGCAUAGUAUAUAUGGUGGUACCAUUCUGGGCCUGAAGAAUUUCGGUCGCAAACAGCAUCUGGAUGCCCUUGUUCACGAGUUUGGUCACAUGUUAGGCUUGUGGCACGUACAUUACGGGGUGACUGAUUUAGAUUGCACAGAUGAUUGUGCUGAGACUUUCCCUUCACUCGAGUUGGGUGAUUUAUGCUCUGACACUAACCCCACCCCAGCUAACAACCAGUGUCGAGAUCCCGUUGUUAACAAAUCGGAAAGGACGUGCGGAGUCAGGAAGUUCGUGGACACUCCUUUUUCAAACUACAUGAGUUACACAGAUGACUCCUGCACCGAUUCGUUCUCAGAACAACAAGUGGCUCGAAUGCACUGCUACAUUGAUUUGAUCCAUCAGUCAUGGCAGGGCGCCAAGACAACACCUUCGUUCAUCCCCAUUCCUCCACGCGUAACAUCUAAAACGAAGGACACCGUCAAGCUGACCUGGAUACCACCGCUAGGAACUGGAGGAGGAAAUGCGCUUAAGGGUUGCCAUGAGUGCCGCGAGGACAAAGUAUUUCAGCAAUAUGCUGUAAGUGCGUGGAGCCCCUGUCCCUCCCGUCCCAAUGGAUAUUGGGCUCCGCAUCAGGCCAUUGGUGCCCCAGAUGUAGCUAAGCCUUGCAUCAUGAGCGUCGUGGGGUGGAGUCCCUUCCGUACGCAGUGUUCGGAAACGUUUAUCGAGUUUGGAUUCAAGGAAGCUGUUAUUCCAACUAAACUCUCUGUAUGGGUACUGUUUUCCUCUAAGGAUGGAAUUACCGACAUACAGUUAAUCUUUGCGGAUGGUUCAAAGUUGUCGCUGGGACACUUUACAGCACAGUGUGAUGCACCCCUUACAAUUCCUUUAACACCCUACUCAUUAACCAAGAAGAUUUCAAAUGUUAGAAUCUACCUGAAGAAGGAAAUAUCGACUGUCAUUGAUGCCAUUCAGCUAACCUCGUCUGUUGAUCAUCCAAACUGCCUCAAAUGUGAUCCCAUGAAGUACUUGGUGACUAGAGAUCCACCCUUUCCAGAAGGUUCUUCAGUGCCUGUGGAUACCACCCAGUUUGAAGACAGUUACCUGGAACCAGGGCAGGAGUACACCUACACGGUCCAAGCUGUAACAAGUCAAGGUCUUACAGGUCCACCUUCUCCUCCCUUGCUGUACUUGCCUGGGCAAGGCUUUUGCGGAGACGGCAAGGUUGACAAAAGUAUUGGCGAAGAGUGCGAUGACGGAAACCUACGGGACGCCGAUGGCUGUAACAUGCAGUGUAAGAAAGAAGACGUGUUUCAUUGUACAGGUCAUCCAAGUUUGUGCUAUCGCCAUGAUGGAGACGGAAUAUGUGAACAAUUUGAGAAAAAAACCAGCAUCAAGGACUGUGGGUUCUACACUCCUGAAGGAUUUGAAGAUCAGUGGGCUGUAUCAGUGACAGUUAAUCCCAAUUACCGCGAGAGCAAGUGCCCCCCGGAAAGCGUCGUCCUGGGACCACCGCCUUUUGACCUGGUUUGUCAGGGCAGUUUUGACAAAGAAUAUCAAUUCGCAUGGGGUCCUUGCAAGGGAAGAGGCACCCUCUUCAGGGAUGGAAACUACUGGCUGGAGCUCACCUUCAACCGAUCGGUCGUGCCCGCUGCAAUAGUGCUUUACCUCGGCUCCGAAGGUAAAGGAGAAUAUGAUUUUCAUGACAAGAACGUCAAAGUUGAGCUGAUAGGCACGAAUGGCCGCGUCAUGUCCGCGGGAAACCAGAGGACGAAUGUUUCAUGUAAGACCAAUCCAGAAGUCAUCCCAGUUUAUCAUGACAUGACAGAGCCAUUCUUUUACGUCCGUAAAGUAAAUAUCAGCUUCACGUCUCCCUUGGUCAGUAUAGCUGCCGUGGCCCUGCGCUCUAGGGCGCAGUUCGAUGUAGUAGAGAUGGCAAGAUGCAAAUCGGACGAGGUGUUUAGUCCCCACACACAACACUGCCACAAAUACAACUGCGAGAGGCCAUCCUGUCAGAAACCUGUGGUCAAGCAUGGCAGCGUCAAAUGCGAGGGGACCGUGGAAGGGCAGACUUGUACAGUGACUUGUAAGCCAGGUUACCGACCGUUUAGGCCUUUCAAAAUUAUGUGUUUGGAUAAGAAAUGGGAAGGGAUCACCAGGGCUUGUGUGCCUGUCAACUGUGGCCUUCCAAGAAUCCCUAACGGAAAGGCUGAUUGCCCACAUGGUCAAACGUUUGGUAAGAAAUGCUAUAUAAAGUGCGCGCAGCAGACUAAAAUGAGCGCAGGGGAAGGAAGCGUGACGUGCGAAGAGGACGGCAAGUGGUCCGCGCAAACAGCGCACUGUGUCAUGACGUGUCCACACCCUGUAACACCAGCAAACAGCCGUCCUCGAGAGAACGACUGUUCUGAUGGCAAAAGAACUCUGUUUCCAGGCACGUCUUGUAAAUAUCAGUGUAAGGCUGGCUAUAGUGUGAAGGAGAGCGAUGGUGCGAGGAAAAUCUUUAAGAUGCGCUGUACUAAGAGUGGUCGGUGGACACAGCCUGUAUGCGAACCUACCAAGUGUCCAUCCAUCUCUGUGAUGGCUAUGUGGUAUAAUUGCUCCAAUGGUAACGCCAUGGGUAGUGUUUGCACGAGUUUUUGUCCAGGACAAGAGGUUCACCAAGUCAAAUGUGAAGAAACCGGAAAGUGGAGUGCACCUCUAAAACGUUGUAUUACAGCUGGUCGGUGUUCAAAGCCUGAAGCGAAAGGGAUCAUCUUCCUUUGCAAUGAAAACUUCCCUGGAGACACAUGCAAUUCCAGAUGCGAAACUGCCACGAAUGAUGUUGUGGACCCUGAUGACGAAGGUAAUUGGCAAGUGUCUUUAAAAUGCACUAUGAAACUUGACUGGUUCCCAGACCCCUCGAAGUUGCGAUGUGUUCCCAGUUGUCGUAUUGGGGACAUGAAAGACGGUUGGUGUGAUGCGGUGAACAAUAAUGCCCACUGUCGCUGGGAUGAAGGGGACUGCUGUCAAUCGACUACUAGUAACAGAAGGGUUUUCCGUUCGUAUCUUUGUAAACCAGGAGAAUGUUCUUGUAAAGACCCAAAUGCCAAAGAAAAUAACGAAAAACCCAGAGGAGAUGAUGAAGAUGACGACGAAGAUGAUGAUAAUGAUGAUAAUAAUUCUGAAGGAAGCGGAUCAGACGAAGAUAGACACCUUAGGACGUCAACAUGAUUCUAUCAUCCUCUACAGACGGUUCUGUAUUCUUACAUACGACUUUAAUAUUUGUAAUGCAUUCGAAGGAAAACAAAAUCACAAAGUCAGACUGGAUUUUUCGGCGACGGGAGGAACAAACUAAGGGUACUCUUUUCUUUUAGGCGCGAGUAGUGUAUGCCAAAUCAACAAGACUCCUGACGGGGGAACUAAGAGAGAUUUUUUAGGAUUAAGCCUUUCCACAAGUACACUUGUUUAACGUACUUCUUCGAAUAUUGAUGCGGUCAAAAUGUUUUUAUUUGUUACUUUUUUAAAAUUAUGUAACAAUUAGACUAUGGGAUGGGGUUACGAUGCUGAAGCAAAGGGUAGAAAUACUGAUGGGAUAAUCGAGUUUUUAACUGUGGUUUUUUAAUUCAUUUUUUGAUAAAAUAAUGAUUUUCUUAAGACUGUUUGAAAGCCAAAGCAGGGAUUUACUACGUUUGAGCCGGGCUAUAGUUAUGACCUUUUCUGUGUCACGCAACGUUACGCUUGUCGGGAAAGAGCGUAGCCUUGCGUGACAGAUAGAACAUGAAGACAAAGCGAAGAUACUAUGCACCUUAAAUUGUCAUGACUUCGUUUCCUGCACAGAUCAAAAGCAUUCUUGCUCAAUUGUUGCAUUUGAAAUCGUUGAGUUCGUUUUUUUCUUUUGAGUUUGGUCGGAUCGGUAGAAACGAACUCGACGCAUAUCCUUGCCACUUUGAACAGUCAUCUGAAAAUUGUGCAAUUAGUUACCAUGUAACUUCGACGUGCAAUAUCUCAUUUAUCAUGAAUACGUCGCAGCUGAUUUAGUGCACAUUGCACGAAACGACUUUCAACCAAGAAAUGAGCAAUUGACACUUUCACGUUUCAAUAAUGUUAAAACAUCCAUUGAACUCAAAUCAAAAGAAGAAAAUGAACGAGCGAAAAGAAGCCGCGCAAAGACAUGGUGUGUGGGGCGGUAAAUGAGGACAGGGUGACUCCUGUUUCCAAUUUUUGCGCGGCGAUUUUUUGUUCGCACUCAUAAGGCCUGAAAAGCUAGGCGGGGCUGCUCAUAAAGAUCAAAGGGAAACUAAUUCUUAAUGAUCAUGUUUCAUGUUUCAUGUUUCCUUCUUUCGCAUGUAUUGGUGAAAGUUAUUUUUUCUUUUGUCAAUCGGACUUGAACAACCGCGGAACCAUACAUAGUAAAACGUUUCGGUUGUGUGGCGUUAAAGUUUCCUAGAACCAGAAUCUAUCACCCACAGCGGGCUCAAUUCUCAAAAAGCGGUUGUUAACCCUUUGGAACCUAACAUCAGUAUGCAUAUUCUCCAUACUGUUCUCCAUACCUCCUACGCUGUUGACAUGGAGAAUUUGUUUAACAAUCAAAAAGCUUCUUUAGUUGGUGAUCAUUUCCUUUGUUCUCCUGACCUUAAUGCUUAAAUCAAGGGUGAUAUUGUAAGGAGAAAUGAAAUGCUAGUCACUAUGAGGGGUUAAAGGGUUUAUUGAGCCCACAGUCUUGCCAACUUGAACUGUGCGCUGUAUUUCCGUAACGUACUUUUUGCAUUAUUUAGUUUGGUGCCGUGUGCAUCUAAAUGGAAACGUCAUCUAUAAUAUAAGACAAUUGUAACCCUAAUACAGAUAACGGGUUCUUCUUCGCCUAGAUCAUAAACAUAUCUUAGUUUCACUUAAACGAAAAUAUAACCUAUUUAUUCAAUAUCAUACCUUGUUUUAUUCUAUAUCUAUGAUAGUGAAAAUAAAUCGUUACAUUCAUCAAUUUA